AUCAUUUUUCUCUCUUCAGAUAUGGAAACCAAAACCCUCUUCCUCUCAGCUCCCAUUUCAGGAAUCUGGUUAUGGCAGCUCUGUGACCAGAUUUUUUUCCUGUCUGGACGAAAAUAACCCUUUUCAGGAGGAUCAUUUUCGGCCAUUUCUUGCAUGUAUCUUGGUAAUUUUUCACUUUUUCUUCCUAUAUUUUGCCCUUGCUAGCAUGUGCAGCUUGAAUCUGAUGUUUGUCUAAGGAUUCUCAGGUGAUGCUGAAAAGGGUCUCUGUGAGCUGAGCAUGUGGAGAUGAUGAUUAUCACAAAGCAAUACCGCUGUGUACACUCAGCAAGCUGUGCAUGCACAAAAGGGCAUCUGACAGAAGAAGUGAUCUUUCUACUUUUUCAGCAUUUGAACUGGAAUCCUAAGUUGAUAGCCACUCUUUCGUGUUCAUGCAAAUGGUUUGAUGAUCUUGCCAAAAGAGUACUCUGGAAGGAGUUUUGCCAUACAAGAGCCCCAAAGAUGAUGCUUGAUUUGCAAUCUAGUGGGACUCAGUGUAUUGAUGGUAACUGGAGGGCGCUCGGAAAGCUCCUUAUUUACUGUACUGGAUCUCCCAAGGGUGGCUUGUUCAAUAGCAUUCAUAUUCCAGGCCACUUUGUUUACAGGACCCGAUUCUCAAGUACAUCAGGGAAAAGUUUUCUUUUACCGCAAUGCAGAACAGAUGUUUUGUAUGUGUCUGACCCUUGCGAACAUCUUGAUCAAGGGGAAGAAGGGGAUGUUGGAUUUUUCCGGGGAGUUUUUAAGUCGUUUGCCAAUUCAAAGGUUAAGAAGAUGCUGAUCCAAAAGAAAGCCCAGCUUCAUCCGACGCAGGUGUGCCCCUAUUGUAAAGCAAAGCUGUGGAGCAUGCUGCAGGCACAAAUGAUUCCACAAAGUGCCAGCUGCAGAUUAGGUGCUUACGAGGAUUGCAUCGAGUAUUAUGUGUGCCUGAAUGGGCAUUUGCUUGGGAUCUGCACCCUCCUGCCUUUGUCUGAUUCAGAAGAGUCAUCUGAUUUGGAGUGAUAUUUGAAAGUCGGAAGAAAACCCAGGUUUUUAAGUCAUUGCAAGGAUGGAUUUAUUUGUCUCACUCACGUGGUGGAUCAUACCUAGACUUGGGUGAGCUGGGAUUUUUAACAGGCGAUUCAUUCAACUUCCUUUUGGUGGAAGCUAAACAAUUGCUGGAUGCUGUCCUUACUAGAGUGUGCUGCUGCUCAAUCUUUCCUUGGGUCCUUGGUCUCAGGGUUAGAAGCUAUUGCAGACCAUUUCAUUUCCGUCAUCCUUCACUUAAAAGGUUAUUACUAUGAAAUAUGUAGUGCUGUGAAAUAUGUAGUGCUAUGUACAUUAUAUGCCUUUCAGAUAUGUACUUGAAUUUGAACAACAGAUUAGGAUCUACAAUAAUUUAGACAUACUUAUUUAUGACAAAUCCCUUGAAAUUCCAAAUUAGAAAGCUCUGAUAAUUGUUUUAA